GCUUAAUUAUUAUUUGCUAAUUUUCCUACAUCUCAGACCGACAAAGCAUCAAUGUUAGAUGAGGCUAUUGGAUACUUGAAAUCUCUUCAACUUCAGGUUCAGAUGAUGUGGAUGGGUAGCGGAAUGGCGCAAAUGAUGUUCCCCGGUGUCCAUCAAUAAAAUUUGAGGAAGAAGUAGAGAGAGCUAGAGCUACACAGGAAACUAACAUGGCUUUGGCCUUGGCGGGUCAGUCCGCGGCGUCGGUCGUAAUCGAGAAGCUGAUCAGCACGGCCGUAUCCUACGUGGGGGAGCGCGGCGCCGGGCUGAGCGACGUGCAGAAGGAGAUCCAGAGGCUUCGUCAGGCUUUUCCACGGAUUCGAGCGAUCUUGACUUUCGUCGAGGAGGGGCAGACUGUCACUACGAAGCAAAACGAGGGGCUGGACGCCUGGCUGUGGCAACUCAGAGAUGCUGUCGAUCAGGCGGAGGAUGUGCUUGAUGAGAUGGAGUACUACAAGCUGGAGAAGGCAGUGCAGGCUGGAGAUAACAAAGUACGACAAGGUACUGAACUCAACUUGAAGAGAAAGUUUACUGAGUUUGCUAACAAUAUCUUUGGAAAUGACGACACCUUGAAGAGGUUGAGGGAGGCCGUGAAGGCGUUAGAUCAUGUUGCUGCUGGUAGUGAACCUUUACUUCAGCUUGUUACGCAGCUAUACAAUUCGGAUGUUAAGCGUCAAAGGGAAGAUGAGAUACGAAAUGCCCGUGAGACUAGCUCCUUCUUAACUGAGGAUACAAUUUGCGGCCGGGACACGGAGAAGGAAAGGAUAGUUGAAUGGUUGACAAAACCGGCAAGCGAUGAGCCGGAGAAUAUUGCUUCUGCAACUGUCGGAGAGGUCUCGGCUUUUGCGAUCGUUGGCAUGGGUGGGUUGGGAAAAACCACUCUCGCGCAGUUCAUCUACCACGAUGAAAAAGUGCGGCGGUGCUUCGACUUGGUUUUGUGGGUGUGUGUUUCCGAUCAAUUUGAUGUGGCUAUGCUGACAAGAAAGAUCUUGGAAGCGGCGAAGGUUCGGGAUAGCCUUGGCGACAAGAGCCUUAAUACAAUUCAAGAGAUUCUUAAAGAAAAGCUGAUCUCCAAGAAGUUUCUUCUUGUACUAGACGAUGUAUGGGCUGAUAAUAAAAUUCUUCAAUGGAAGAACUUGGUGAGUCCUUUAAAAUUUGGACGACAUGGAAGCAAGAUUCUGUUGACAACUCGAAUGGAUUCAGUGGCGGACACGGUGGCCAGUGUUCUACGAUGUAAAAAAGAAUCUUUAAAAUUAAGUGGGUUAGAAAAAGCUGAUUUUAUGCAUCUUUUCAAUACGCAUGCAUUUGCUGGAACGAAUAUUGAUGAUCACGGAAACUUAAAAUUGAUCGGUGAGCAAAUAGCAAAGAAGCUUGGGGGAUGCCCAUUGGCAGCAAAAAUUUUGGGCGGAUGUUUGAACUCUUGCAUGGAUGAAAAAUACUGGACAAGAAUUUUGAAUGAAAAUUUUCUAAAUUUGCAAGAAAGUGAGGACAACAUUAUGAUGAUUCUGAGAUUGAGCUAUCAUCAUCUGCCGACAAGCUUGCAAAUUUGCUUUAGAUACUGCAGUAUAUUUCCUAAGGAUCAUGUGUUUCGAAAGAAUAAGCUUGUCCAUAUGUGGAUAGGUUCUGGGUUAAUCAAGCGACCAAUACGUGAAAAGCGAAGUUUAGAGGAUAUAGGAGAGGAGUAUUUAAACCAUCUGGCAAGAAAAUCCCUUUUUGAUGUCAAACUAAGCGAGGAAGGUUAUGUCAUGCAUGAUCUGUUGCAUGAUCUAGCUCAGCUUGUCUCUUCAGGGGAAUGUUUGGGAAUUGAAGAUGAUGGUUCUAGAGAUAUUCCCGAAACAAUCCGCCACUUAUAUGUCAACAGGGUACCUGUCAACAAGGUAAACCCUCUUAUGAUCUCCCAUCUCAAGAACUUACGCACCCUUAUUAUUCAUUUAAACAAGAGUUUCACUGCAGUAGAUUUUAAUAAGGUUCUAAAAGAUUUAAAAAGCUUACGCUUUCUACGAGUGACCGCAGCUGCUGACUAUAAGUUUCCAGAUGAAGUUGGUAAACUCAUUCACCUCCGCUACCUCUCCCUCUUCCUCUUCCUCUCUUCAAGGAGUGACAGAGAAAAUGAGAUAUUUAUUCUACCUCAAUCUGUGUAUAGACUCUAUCACCUAGAAGUAAUGCAGCUUCAGGCAGAGAAAGAUCUUUUGAUACUGGAUGGAAUGGACAAGAUUCCUUGGAUUUGCAAAUUCAAAGCAAUUCAGGAGUUAGACCAUUUCCGUGUCCAUCAAUUAAAAAACCUGCAAAGCCUCCGAGAAUUAGGCAUUAGUAGUCUGGAAAAUGUAACGAGUCCCGAAGAGGCUGCAGAUGCCAACUUGAUUGAGAGAAAAAAUCUUUAUAAAUUGUCACUCCGUUGGUCUAGGAAUCGCUCUGGUGGUCUAGAGGUAGAUGAGCCACUUCUUGAUAAUUUAAGACCACAUACCAAUCUCAAGAAACUAGAAAUUGAAGGAUAUGCCGGAGUUAGAUCUCCAUGUUGGAUGACGGAGAAAUCUUCUCUUUCUAUUAUAAGGUCUAUCACACUAUCCAACUGUGAGAGAUGGGAGAACCUCCCACCUUUUGGGCAACUUCCUUUGCUCGAGUUUCUUUAUUUAGAAAGCAUGCAGGCUGUAAAGAAAUUAUGUUGUCCAAGAAGUGUUGGUGGUUGCGCCUUUCCAUCACUACAGAAGCUAUACUUGCACAGCAUGCCGGACUUGGAGUUGUUCGAAGGCGAGCACAUGUUCCCUCUGCUUAAUGAAUUGGAAAUACGUUCUUGUCCUAGCUUGAAGGGUUUGCCUGCUUUGCCUCUUACUCUAAGUCGACUGGUUAUUUGGAAGGCCGGAUUGACUUCUCUUCCGAUGAUGCAACAAGAUUGCAGUAGCGGCCAAGGACGAGCAUCGUGCUCAUCAUCAUCGCAUCCUGCACUUUUUAAACUAAGCAUUUGUGAGUGCCCAAACCUCACAUCUCUAGAUGGAUUCAUGUUACAACAACAAUGUUUUCCAGCCUUGAAGAGUUUAUACAUUGUUGGAUGUGAAAAUCUAAGGCAUUUGCCGGAAAAAUUCUUCCAAAAACUUCCCUCCCUCAAGGAUUUGGCUAUAAUAAUGUGUCCCAAUCUCACGACACACGGGAUUCUAGACGAUCGAUUGCCCGAGACACUUCGACAACUCGCCCUUGUAUCAAACGACGAUUUCGAUUUGCCGCUACUGGAGUCAUUGCCAAAAUCGAACAAUCUACACUCCUUGGAUAUUAGUGGAUGUGCAAGCAUGACGUCCCUUCUUCCUACGGCGGAAGUUUUUCCAAGGUUGUCGGAACUCCGCAUCUGGAACUGUAAAGAGCUGUCGUCAUUGGAUGGGCUACAAGCUCUCCUCCCGCUCAAAACCUUGCGGAUUGCAGGAUGCGACAAGCUCGUCGAACUUUCACUGUUGCAACCACCAUUAGGCCUCACUAAUACCAGCCCCACAGAUUUGGUGCUUCGUGAUCUUGAUAUCGACCGGCCAGCUCUGUUGCGCGUCGAACCAUUGAGAAACCUCAACAACUCUGUUAGCUCUCUCAGUAUAAGUGACGGUACCGAACUCACAUCCCUCGACGAGCAAUGGCUGUUGCAAAACCGAAACUCCCUUCAACGCUUAGUAAUUGAAAAGGCCUCGUCUCUUGAAUCCUUACCGCCCAGUAUGAUAGAUCUUCAAUCCCUGCAUGAUUUGGAGAUACACGAUGCUCGUUUGCUGCGAUCGAUUCCAGAACUGCCCGCCUCAAUGAAAAAUCUAAAAAUUAGCGGCUGUCGCCCCGAAUUGAAGGAGUACAUUGAAGGCUCUGGAAAAUUCGCCAAUAUUCCUUCGGUGGAGGUUAUUGAAAAAUCUUCUUAAGAAAAAGAUCGGGUAUGCCCCAUCUCUUUAACGUC